UCUAAUUUUUGAAUGCCAUCUUUUUUAUUAUGAAUAUGAAUAGACAAAAUAAGUCUAUAAAAAAAGAAUUUAAAAAAAUAAUGUAUAUCGUUUUCCUUUUUUCUCGGAACCUGCUCCGAAAAGUAACAACUUUUCGGUGAGUCGUGGAGCACUUUGCUCCAGUGACAAGUGAAAAGCAGUGACAAAACCUGCUACUGUGAAAUAACAACCCAUCUCUACUGAAUACUGAAUGACAGUUGACAAUUAUCCACCGUGAAGAGGUAUUUCUUGCCAGUUAAGUAGAAGAAAACAAAUUAAAUACGCUAUACAAAAUACCUGGUAAAAAAUAGAUUGGUUAAAAUGGUAUUUAAGUGUCAAGAUAAUUCUUUCUUGAAAGAGUUUACUUCAACAGUAAUUGCAUGUAAUAAAAUAAAUGCCGAAGAAGUUAUUGAAGACAAAAAUCAAAGUUAUGGUGUCAUUUUGGAAGAUACAAUUUUAUUUCCAGAAGGAGGAGGCCAGCCUUGUGACUAUGGUUUUUUAAAUGAUAUACCGGUGAGAAAAGUUUUAAGGCGCGAAGAUCAAGCCAUCCAUUAUGUGUCUAAUCCGAUAGAAAUAGGAACAACUGUUAAACAAACUAUUGAUUGGGAAAGAAGAUUUGAUCAUAUGCAACAGCAUUCAGGACAACAUUUACUGUCAGCCGUUCUUGAACAGCAUUUUAAUGCGCCAACAGUCUCCUGGUGGUUGGGAGAGGAAAGCUCAUAUGUUGAACUAGAUACCCAUUCAUUAUCUAGUGAUGUAAUAAAACAAGCUGAAAACAUGGUGAAUGAACUUAUAAGAGAAGGAAGAAAAGUGUCUGUAACCAUCUACCCAAAGAACACACCUGAAAAUAUUCUAAACGAGGUAAGAAGUGUGAAAGGUCUUCCUGAGGAUCAUAAAGGCGAUAUCAGAGUUAUAAAUAUUGAUGGAAUCGAUAGUAACAUGUGUUGCGGAACACAUGUAAAUAAUCUAAGCCAGUUACAAAUGUUAAAAUUGUUACAUACUGAAAAAAGCAAACGUAAAGAUAAAGUUUUGCUUCAUUUCUUAUGUGGAAAUCGAGUUUUAAAAAGACUGGAAACCUGCAUAGACCGUGAAAAGCAAUUAACUGUACUACUAAACAACCAUCCAGCGCAACAUUGUGAUUUAGUGGAGAAACUCCAAAAAAAUGUAAAACUCCUUAACAAGAAUCUACAAAGCGCCCUAAAGGAAUUGGCUUUAUCGGAUGCCCAAAAAUUAAAAAAUUCACAACCGCUUCCGAAAUAUUUUUGUUUGCACAGAAAAGAUGCAGAAAUUGAUUUCAUGAAUACUUUUAUAAGAGAGUUGGGACCAACGGAUGUCUUUCUAUUCCUUUCUGUUGGAGACGAGAAGAAGGAUGGUAAUAUUAUGUUGUAUGGCAAAGAAGAAACGAUUGCAGAAUUAGGUACAAAAGUAUGUGACCUAUUGGAAGGAAAGGGAGCUGGAAAAGGAAAUACAUUCAGAGCGAAAGUAUCAAAAAUGGCAAAGCGUAAAGACGUUGAAAAGUUAAUUAUUGAAUAUUUUAAUAACCAUUAAAAUAUUAUUGUUGCAGUGUUACUUUAUUGCAAAAUAAAAACUAAAAGUUGUGAAGA